AAUAGCGGGAAAAUACAAUGGCUGCCAUAUCAAGAGCCUGUCGUAUCCGCAACCCAGCGGUCUUUAUCUGCGAUAUGCAAGAGAAGUUCGAAAAGGCCAUCUAUGAAUUCCCCAAAAUAGUAACAACUACAACAAAACUUCUCCGCGCAGCAAACACCCUCUCCAUUCCAAUUUUUGUCACCACCCAAAACCGCGCAAGACUUGGCGCCACUGUUCCCGUUCUUCAGCAACUUUUAAAUGGCCCCAAUGUCCGCGCCGAUAUUGACAAGACGCUAUUCUCGAUGGUCACGCCAGAGAUAGAUGGGCUUCUACCCGUUCCGAAGAAAGGUGAAGCCCUGAUGGAUGCGAUCAUUGUCGGCAUUGAGACACACAUUUGUGUGACGCAGACAACACUCGAUCUGCUGGAGCGCGGGCAUCGAGUGUAUGUUCUUGUUGACGGUGUAAGCAGUAUCAACGCGGAGGAGAGGGGGAUUGCGCUUGCAAGGUUGCGGGAUGCGGGAGCGAUUGUGACAACCAGUGAGAGUAUUUUAUUUGAGAUUUUAGGGGAUGCGAAUCACCAGCACUUCAAGGCCAUUGCGGGGCUUGUGAAGGAGACCAAGGAAGAGACUAAGGAGGCAUUAGAGAAACUUUCAAAGAUUUAA